AAAAUAUAAGUAAAAUAGGUGUUAAUGAUUUGUCUUGUGAUGACCCGUUAAUUAAUGGUGUAAUCGAUUUGGGCUCCGACCGGUAUCAAUCAGUGGAAGACGACCUUGCUGUUCUUUUAGGUGAAAAAAAUUCUAUAAAAAGGCUGGGUAAGGAUGCUUCAAUAAGGAAAGUAUGUUCUGAAUUUGUGGCAAAUAGAGAUAGUUUUUUCCAGCAACUUUAUAGAUUAGUAUUGUUGCAUUCUGAGGAGGUAGUGCACGAUCGCUGGGUUGAGCAGGAGAGUGCUAGGGAAGUAGUUAUGAAAGACAUUACUGAUGUUCUUUUACAAAAAAUAAAAUCAAAGGUGCUUAGUAAAGUUACAUACGGGUCAGAAAAUACGUUAGUAGAGGCUGUAGCGCAUUUAAUUGAAGCAUCCUUGCACCGGUUACCAAUUGAGUAUGAAGUGGAAGUAACCAGAAAUGAACGGCAAAGUAAUAAGCAGAAAGAGAUAGUAUACAUAGAGAGUGGAAAAUGGAAUUGUAAUGACAAAAAGAGACGGGAAAAUCAUAAUAAGUUGGUAAAGCUUUGUUUAUGUGGAUACGAAGAGAUGGGAAAGAAAGCUAUUAAAGAUCAGUUGCACAGGCACUAUAUUGCAUUUGGAAUAAAUAUUGCCGGUGAUCGUUUCAUACUCCAUGGUCUAUUAAACGAAAAUGGUAUUAAAUAUUAUUGCCCUAUUGCUGAAGCGAUCAUUCCAUUUCAUAAUGAAUCAAUUGAUAAUUU